AUGGUGAAGUCAGUUAAUGAAAAGAAGCAGCAAUCAAUUUUAGAAAAGGCGAAUGAUUCAUCAUCUUGUAAGUAUAAGGGUGUGAGGAAGAGGAAGUGGGGGAAAUACGUCUCUGAAAUUAGGCUGCCCAACAGUCGUGAAAGAAUCUGGUUAGGCUCCUUUGACACGGCGGAAAAGGCCGCGCGUGCAUUCGACGCGGCUCUGUUUUGCCUACGCGGCAGUAACGCCAAAUUCAAUUUCCCGGAUAAUCCACCUGAGAUAGUCAACGGGAGGUCGAUGAAGCCGGCAGAAAUCCAGGUGGCGGCGGCACAGUUUGCUCGGUCAGAUUCAGAGCAGACCCGGAUGCCCAGUCCGGUUCAUGUUGACAGUUCUGAUGUUCAGUGUUCUUCGCUCUCAUCUUCUGAGUCUGUUUAUUCAUCCGGGCCUGAGGAUGCGACUCAGUUGGAUACUGAAAUUAAUGAUAUACCCUUAGACUCAGCGUUUUUAGACCAGUUUUUGGGUAUAGGGACGGAGAAUAACGUAUCGGAUUUCGGAAUAUUUCCGGGAUUCGACGAUUUUUUGGCUCUGCCGUUGCCUAGCCUUGAUAGUUGGCCCGAUGACAGUGAAGUAUCCUCUGAGGACUCGUUUCUGUGGAACUUUUGA